UCAGUGCGCUGGGUUGGGAUGCUACGGCUGGAUUGCACAGAGGAGCAGCUGGGAGCUCUGGCUAAGUUGCUCACACACAGCCUUGCUUUUGGACCAGUCAGCAGCUGGGGGCCUGAAGUGUUCAUUGAAAUCGGAGGCAUCGCAGCCGGUCUUGAGGAUUUUGUUCUCUCUUCGUUGGCAAAGGAACAAAUUGAAGGACUCACACCACUGGCGAUUUCAAUGAUCCCGCCGCAGAAAUUCUCUGUCGUGUUUAGCCAGGACCACAUACGAAUGUUCUCCUAUGAGCAGGGAACGGCCCUGACGAGCAGUCAGCUGAAAUCCCUCAACAGCCUCCAGCAGACUGCCCUGUCCAUGGUGUUGACCUCUUGGGAAGACAAACCCGUCGACUUCCGAGGAAGAUCUGCUGGUAUAGCUCUGCGUCCAAUCCCAUUUGGAGUCCUGUCCAGCCUGCUGCUUGUGUCGCUGUCCCCACAUUGACUACCCAAUCAAAAGGACGUCUUCACUGUCUGUCUGAUUUGCAGUGCACGCUUUUUGCUAGUUCCACAGACCCUGAUUAGCAUUAAUCAUGCACUACCAUGCUUAAGGUGACAUGAGGAAGUCCAGGAUUAGUGCUAAUCAGGUUCUGUGAAACCAAAGGAUGAUGGAGUACUCUUAAAGGGGGUUACAGCUAGUGAAAUACUUCCUUAACUCUUACCUGUCGUGCACUUCCAGCGAAGAUCGCAGCAUGCAUGCCUUCAUUCAAGGUUCCUCGGUCAUUAACGUUGCUUUGGGUCAAAGCAUGUCACUGGAUUCCCAGCACGUCAGUCAUUAGGGGGAAGAAACUGGUUUGUUAAUACCAGGCAAGAAGGUCUCAUAGAGGCUGGAGAGAAUGACAUUGUCAAGAGGAAGUGCAAGUCUAACAGACUGUGUGAAAGUACAGUUUUUUUGAACAUCUGGUUCUUUCCAAGCUGCACACUUGAGAGCUACAGUACACAGUGAAUGGAAGUGUACUAAUGGGUAUUUAUUUCAUGAGCUACAACCCCUUUGACAAUACUGAGUGUCAGUCUGUUUAAAGUGGGAUUAUUUUUUGUGAUCUUUUUCGUGAACCUGUUCACAUCAACUGAUCAAGCAGUGGAGUUGUGAAAGAACUCUUCUCUCAUAUUAUAACAUUGCUGACCCUUUGAUUUGGUAAAAGUUGCGAUAUACAGUAUUGAAAGUAUUUUUUUUAUUUCAAUUUACAAAUCACCUCCUAGCACCAUAAGGAGUAUCAAUAAAAUUGACAAGUCACAAUAUCUAUUUCAUUAUUUACAUAUUUUCUUCUUUGUGUAGUAUUGUGCAUCUCAGUGGCUACUCUAUCUGGCUCAAGAGCCACCUCACCCCCAGCACAGCAGCUUAUUAUACAGAUAUAUAAUAGUCAUGUUUUUUUUCUUGUGCUUUCUACUAUUUAUUUUCU